UUAUAAUCUCAUAGACCAACCCAAUAGUUUAAAAUAAUACCAUAAAUACCAUUUGAAUUGGUUCAUGAAUUUCCAAGCGAGUCUUCAAGAGUAAGCAAAGUGAUAGUGUAGUAUGUAACCAUUUCAAUCAAAAACCAUCAAUUCAACACCCUACUUCAAUUCCAAUCACCAUGAAAACGACAACAACGACCACAUCAACGACCGUCGUUCCCCCAUCAACGACAGAAGUUAUCGACGUCGAAUCAUUUCAUCUCCCUCCGACCACCACCACACCCUCCGCCCCCGUCGUCAUCGACCUUUCCGACGGUGAAGACGAUGACGAAGUCAGAAUUCUCAAUUUCGUCCCCAAAUUCAAUCCUGUGCGAAAACGACAAAGGAUCAACGUCGAAAAAGGCGAGUCUUCUUCGGCUCAUGCUAACACAAACGUCGUGCCGUUUAUCUGCGAAAUUUGCACGGAGACGAAAACCGCGAACGAUGCUUUCUUCAUCAGCGGUUGUUAUCAUGCUUACUGUUCGGAUUGCGUCGCUUUGUACGUCAGUUCGAAGCUGGAAGAUAAUGUGAUCAACGUCAGGUGUCCUGUUUCUGGUUGCAGUGGUUUGUUGGAAGCUGAGGAUUGUCGUUCGAUUCUUCCGGUCGAGGUUUUUGAUCGGUGGGGGAAGGCGGCGUGCGAGGCCUUGUUUGAUGUAUCGGAGAAAUUCUAUUGUCCGUAUGCGGAUUGUUCUGCUCUGUUGAUCAAUGAUGGGACGGAGGCUGUGAAGCAUUCGGAGUGUCCGAAUUGUAGGAAGAUGUUUUGUGCUCAAUGUAAGGUUCCGUGGCAUGAUGGGAUUGAGUGUAGCGAGUUUCAGAAGCUGAAUGCGGAUGAGAGAGGGAAGGAUGAUGUUAUGCUGAUGCGGCUCGCGAAGGAUAUGAACUGGAGGAGAUGCCCUAAUUGUAGGUUUUAUGUCGCGAAAUCGGAGGGUUGCUUGUACAUGAAAUGCAGGUGUGGAAUUGCCUUCUGUUACAACUGUGGAGCUCGUCACCAAAAUCGUAGCAGCCACUUUUGCACCAACUGUAAACGCUGACAACAUUUUUCGACCGUGUGUGUAAAAUAAUAGAACAAUGCAUCUUUAUCAGUAAGAGUUUAUUUAUGACUGCAUAGUUCCUAUUUAUCUUUGGCAGCAUUACUUGCAAUUGAAGCAAGUUGUGUAAUUCCUGAUGUAAACCAGUUACAUUACCACCCGGGCAGUGAUUUAUCCUUAUAAACAAUGUUCUAUGCUUUAGGCAUCUGAAGUACUUCUGUGACUUGUCGGUGUUCGGCACACCAACAAUAAUGAGGAUUCUACCUUAUGUAUUCUUGUGUAUGAACAUCAUUUUUCUCGCACCAUAAUGCUCUUCUCAAAAAUGUUACCUUCUGUAUGCUUGUGUAUGAACAUCAUUUGUCACCACAUUGUUCUUUUUCAGA